GCUGAAGCACGGGUGGGUUUUCACCGUUUCGUUUGCCGUGCCGUCGGCGCAUGCGCUUGGGCACCCAGCGUGGUCGCAGAUGAGAAAGAUACGACAUCGGUCACCUGUUUCUCUGCACCCUUCUUCGAGACUCGGAGCGUUUAAAAAAAAGGUCGAGAUAUGCAUCUGCUUCCAGUUGACAAGUCUCCCUUGAAGCCGCGCGGAGCCCGCCGUCAAAAGACAGGUUCCGUGAGCAUCCUCCUGUUGGUUUUCCCGAUGGUGGAGAACUCUGAAGCAUCCUAAAAUGCGAGAUCCACAUGAAUCGGUGAUUUUCUCACUUUUAUACCUUGAAGUUAUCGGGGUAGGCAAUUGGGAUACGUAGCUGUUUCAGAUUCUGGUUGCCGGCUCGCUGUGCGGGUCUGUGACGUGGUCACCACACUGUGGCAGCGGCGCCGAACUUUCUGUCGUUUUUCUCUCUUUCGAUUGAUUCUUUUCCACUGUUGCCACCUCCCGGAACUUUUUUCCCAGUCUGUCUCGCAGAAUUCGGGAGAAAACACGGAAGCGCUCCCGGGUACGCGCAGCCCAAGCAGCUGCAUGGCAGGCAGAAAGGACGGACGAAACGGAGGCGGGGUCCGUUAAGUCUGUUCGUGUGUUUGCCUGUCCGUCUGUCGCGUCUUUUUCAAGAGAUUUCCGGAACCAUGGGGAGUUUUCCAUGUGGUUCUUCCCCGGAAGGGGUUCCUCCGCCUGCCACCACCGUCUGCAUGCGGCGGCCGCGACGCCGCAGUCUGCUUUCCGGCUUGACUGCCCUCGCGCUCCUUUUCCAAUCUCUGUCUUCACUCUAUGUUGCUUUUCGGUCCCCUCUUUGCGCCUCGGUAUUCUCUACGCCUUCGUUGUCCAUUGUUUAUGUUUCUCGCGACCCCAAAAUUUCUGCGAGUUCCCCGACCGCACGGUCUGCCCUGUCCUGGCCCUUUUCUUUUCUCGGCGUCGAGGCGUCGCUCAACCUCCAUCCUUCUGUUUCAGACUAUGUCAUCGCCGCUGUUCGAGAUCGCUUGAUGGUCGACCACGAUCAGCUUCUCCCUAAGAGAGUGGCGUUGCCUGUCUGCGACUCUUUGUCCGGACCUGUAUGUCCACAUCUGUCUGCUCCUCGGGUCGUUCGCCUCAGUCCUCCGCUCGGCUCUCCCCAGCUUCCAGACUCCGCCGGGAGUUCCGGAGACUCGGUCUUCGUUGCCGCACCCUCGACGUCGCCUGCGGGAGAGGCUUCUCCUCAGAAUCCGGAUUUCUACUACGCCUACGUCCACCGCUUCCCCGUCCUUCUGUUUGCCUCUUCCCCGAGCUUUCCGUCCCCCCUGCCGCCACGGCCGUUGUCUGCAUCUCCAGGCUCCGACACUGCGCCGAAGAACGACGCUCUGCCUCGCCCCGGUGCCGCUUCGUCCGUUGCCUCCUCCCUUUCGUCUCUGACCGCCUCGUUCCUCUCCUUCGUCUCCUCGCUGUUCUCCGAGGAGUCCUCCGCCUCGGCUGCUGCUGCUGCUCCCGAGCCCCUGGACGAAACGCAUGCAGCGCGCGCGCCGGUCGAGCCUGCCUCCGCAGUGGUCGACUGGCGAUUCUCCUUCAUUGCUCGCGAGCGGCCAGAGUUCUCUUCGCGGGCUUCGAAGCACCAUCCAGAGCGCGUCUACUCGACGCGCGGCGCGUUCCUCGAAAACGCAGUCGGGGAUGUCUCGUCGUCUUCCACUGUUUCCGAGGCGAUCGCCUCAGCCAUCGGGCAAAUCGGCUUGGGCCGCAAAGCUCUCGACGAUAUCUGGCUCACCGCGCCUCUCGGGUCGUUUCCUCCGGAACGCGCGCUUUCUUCCAGGUCUCACGCCUCGAAUAUCCUCGCACACUCCAGCUCGAGCGGUCGUCUUUCGCAUGUCCGCGACGCUGAGCUGGGCGGGAGUUUUGCCUUCCCGGACUCUGCGCGAGAUCCGCAGCGCUUCGUGUGCUUCACAAAGAAGCGCGGACGCCAUGACCACAGUGCAUGCGCCCUGGCCUCGGAGUUCCCCGAACUCCCGGCCUCGCUCGUCCCGACCGUCGAGCCUUUCCCUCGCAGCUGGAUCGCCACCAGCCACCUUCUGACUUUUGAAAAGUCCACGGCUCCCUUUGCGCAGCCUUUUCUCGAAAGCGAUUUCGACGCGGGACUGCCCACGGACGCUGAGACGCGUUGGGAAGGCCUCUGGGAGGUCUUGCCUGUCUCCUUCGAGGAAGAGUCCUCGAGUUCGCAAGUACACCCUCCAGGCGGGCAGCCACCGCGCGCGGCGUCUCCAGACUGGCGAGACGUCGGCGGAUCUCCAGCGACGAUUCCGUCUUCCCCGCCGCGCUUCUACGGACGAGGCGACCCCACGCUUCUUGAGGAAGGGGGAUCCUCGACAGCUCGAACGGACGCGAUCCCUCACGGCAGCUUCUCCUCUCCUCCUUCGCCCUCUUUGUCUUCUUCUUUACCACUUCCGCGUCGCCGUCGGCCGCCGCAGGCCUUCUCGACCGUCGCAGUCUUGUCCACUGGAGAAGGGAUGUUCGAGCAUGGGACCUCUUUUGUGGUUUCCUCGAUUUGGGCGAAGGCGCUGCGGAACGGGUCUGAGUCGCUGGCGCUCCGGCGGCUGUUGCCGCGAGUCGCGUUCGUCGUCUCUGGUCUCCACGAAGGCAAGGAAGUUUUCUCUGCGCAGAUUCCCUUAGCGUUUCUGGCCUCGCGGACGGAUCUCGCGCUGCCGCUCGCGGAAGGCGCCUCGCCGCCGCCCGCCGAGUCGGAAGAGCUCGCCUUCGUGAAUCUUCUGGAUUUCCUUCCCUUCUCAGAGACGCCGUGGACGCGCGUCGACUCGCUCAAGUUCCGCUACGUCUUGAAACCCCCGACAUUCAGCGUCUCAGAGAGGCCUUCCGACCGAGGCUUGCCUGCGCCUCGCGCGCACACAUCGCCCUCGUCUCCAGCGGGAAGUCUGGAGCCGCUCCUUGCCUCCACCGUGUCUCAGCUCGCCUACAAAGUGGGGAUUGGAGGCCUCGUGUUGCAUGUAGCCCAGAGAAGCAGCGGCAUGCGAACGGUGUACUACGUGGACAGAAGAAGUCCGGAGGGGGUCGCUUUGCUGCGGGUCUUCGAAGAGAAAGAGAAACCACACGCGGAGCCCAGUGGUAACAGAGAGAGCAGAGGCGGCCGAGUAGGGAAGGAAGAGAACUCAACGGCCGAAUCGACAGAGCAGGGACAGGUCGAUUCAUCCUCGCUGCUCCUCGGAGACAGCGGAGGAGAGACGGCUCUGCGUGGAGUGGGCGAAGAUGGAGGUGGAGCCACGGCGGGAGGGGAGGCAGGAGGACGAAAAGGCGAGAGGAGAAACCUCGCGGGGAAUGCGGAGAGAGAGGUGAACUUUCCUGCUCGCACUGCGCGAAACAAGUUAACUCGCGAGAAAAUCAAGAGAGCGAUCCGGAACGUCGUGCUCGACGUCUUGAGAAACGCGGUCGACCCCAAGGUGUACAGACGGGUGCUGAGUGCCAUGCCUCCGCUGUCUCCGCAAGUAUCGCGGAAACUCGAGCCUCUGAAGACGCUCGCGGCAAGGCUGCCUUUCGCCCUCGGGACGGGAGAAGACGAAGACGAAGCUGAAGACGGCCUCCUCUACGCAGCGGUUCUGCGGACGCACGGCGACGGAUCUGGAGAGUUUCUUUGGCACCAGGUCGGAGACAGCUCAUCUGGAGCAGCUGCGCUCGCCGACGAAGCGCGCAGACAAAGCCGCGAGGCGCGAGAAAGAAACGCGGAACUCCAGACAGACAAGGAAGAGGGCAGAAAUGGCGAGAGCGAACGGCCGCAGACUGAGAAGGAGAAGGCAGAGAAGAUGACGAGCGAAAAAGAGAAGGACGUCCGUUUGUUCAGGGUCGGAGGUGAUUCGGGGAAAGUCGUGUUGACUGCAGGAUUAAACUCGAGUGUGGGGACGACGGGAGGCAGCAACCGCCGCCUUCCCUUAGCGAAAUAUGACAAUUUAAACAACUCUCUGGUCGACCUCCGCCUCCCCGCCAGAAGCGUCGGGGUGUACAUACAGGAAGUCCCCGUCGAGGCGCCGCUCCUCUCCUUCAACGAGGCCGAUGGCCUCGACCUCAUCCUCUGGAGAAGAGUCGGCUUCGACACCGAGGGGAAAUACAGAGACGCAGCAGCAAACGUUCGGGGCUCUCUCUUCGCCGAUGUCAAGAACGCCGUGUCGCAGGUUCUUGAGUCUCUGGGUGGGAAGAGCAAACAGGCUCCUCGCGCAGCCCCGGACUCGCAUUCGAAGACGCCUCUCAAGCCAGAGAAGGGAGACAAAGAAAGCGAGAGGGAAAGCAAAACAGACAGUGGCGAGGCCCGCGAAACGGAAAGCAAAGCCGAAGGUGGACAGGGGGAGACGAUGUCGCCGGGGUCUGUUAAUGGAGUUAUCGACACGAUUCUUUCUCUUUACGCGAGCCUCAACGAGGGCAUUACAGAGUUGGAACAGACCGCGGCGCUCGCGUCCCUGCCUCCUGCUUCGGCUUCCUCGGCGCCGGCUCUGAACUCAGAAGAAAAGCGAGAAGAAGACGAGGAUCGAGUCCCGAGAGACAGCGUGCCACCUGGUGUCUCCGAAACGAAACCUGGGUCGCCGCCGCUUUCUCCCGCAGGCUCCACGACAACGCAUGCAAACGCCAGCGUUGUCCGACAACCGCAAACUCAGGCGGCUUCUGCUCGUCAGGGAAGCGGCAUCGCUCCGUCGACUUCUGGUCCAGAGCGUGGGCUUGCCUCUUUGCUGGAUCUUCUGUCUCCUCUGGAGGGAGAUUUGCGCGCUGAGGGAAGCGUUCCCAGUCAAAUCCCUUCAACUCCUGCAGCCGGUACAAACGCAGCAGCUGCUGCACACAGACACCCUCGGCCGAGAUCCCCAGACGUACCCGUGCCUCUGACGCGGGGUCACAGCGAACAAGCAGGUGCAGACGGUACUUUUCCAGAAGUUUACUCCUUUUCCUUGUCGGAUUUGUUGAACAAGGCGACGAAGCCGAAGUCCAGCGAAACCAGUCAGAAAGACGACAAGGGGACAACAAAAGAGGACGCCUUGACGGAGAAGGAGAAGGAGAAGAAGGAGGGAAGCACAAGCGGCAAAGGUGCGAAAGAACAGCCGUUUGCUAUGGGGUUCGUUCUCGGCCCGGACAAUCAACUACGCCCGCUGAAUCUGGGCCAAGACGGGAGCAGUCUGUUGGGAGGCGUCGGCGCCACAAAUGAGUUUCGCGAGAUGCUGCAGUCCGUGCUGAGGGACGUGAACAUCCCUGAGAUGGCUGCGAAUCUUGCUCAGCAAUUCGGCGGCGCGCAGGCACCUCGGGAGUUGAGUAUUGCCCAAGCGGCCCAGGUGCUCGCGAGUCACUUGGAGAAUCGCGAAGGGAUUUCUGAGCAGACGGCGGGGCUUGGGAAGUUCGCCGCGAUGUUCGCUUCUCAGAUGGAGGCUGCAGGCAGUUCUUCAGACCCCAGCAAAGACGCAGACAAAGACGGAAAGCAAGCUGCAAACAAAGUUCCUUCGACUUCAACCAAGUCACCGCAGGUCAGCCUCUCGGCUAUUAGUCGGGUCGCUCAACAGCUGGCUAGCGAACUGUUGAGCAAGCCACCUAGAGACUUGAAGCAGGACCGGCCGAAGGCGGAGGGGAGAAGGAAAUCGGAGGAAAGGGCGAUGUCGCAGGAAAAGAGUAAGAAGGACGGCGUCUCGGCGUCUUCCCCAGGAGAAGCGUUUGCGUUUUCGGGCGCUUUCUCGCCGGGACAAACGCCCGGUCCCGGCUCGGACGUGUCUCAGAUCCAAGCAGUUUUCCAGGCGUUUCUCGGGAACGGCGACGCUCGGUCAAACACGCUGGCGGAUCUCCUGACGCAGGCCCCGGCGCAAGGUAGCCAGGACGGCGCUGAAUCUGCGGAAAAUGGACGGUCUGGAAACUUCCAGUUUGCUCAUCUCGCACAGGACGUGCUGGGACGAGUUGCGGAGCCUGGCGGUCCGCCGCUCCUCGACUUCUUGAAUGGGGGCUCGCUGAACCUCAGCGACUUGUUUGGACAGUUGGGCCGGGCAAAUGAGACAGACGAGGCGAAACGCAAAAGCAAAUCUCAUCCUAAGUACCGUUCUGCCAAGCAGAAGAGACACAAAAUCCGCGAGACUGCGGAGGAACACGACGAAUGACGACGAAUGAACAGUCGAGGAAAGGCACGCGGCGGGCUGUGAGGAACAGGACUGUAUUGGGGAACGAUCACGUCUGGCAAGGUCCCCCGAAAAGAAAAAGGAGGAAGAAGGGGGACGGUUGAAAGGCCAGAACAGCCAGCGGCAAAUCGAUGGUGGGGAAGGAAGUUGCGAGAGGUGCAAGAGACAGACAAGCGCGACAACCGAGGGGCUGUGCUUUUUGGAAACCAGUUUUCAGCCGCUCUGACGCAAAGAAGUAAAGCUUCCGAGCACACGUUAAUAUUGGCAGGAUAAUGAAAUCCAGCAUUUCUGACUAUCUUAAGCACGUCAGUGGGGUGGUGAUGUACAGCUGUCGUUAAAAAUUCGGUUGCCUAGAUCUACCUGAAAAGAGAUCUAAGAGACGAAAGGGGUUUGGAGAGGUUCCGUUGUCUUGGGUCCACCUGAGGUGCGGCGCAGAGUUGACGAAUCGACGGCUGAAUGCCGGCAGGGAUACUCAGUAACUUUUCGUGUGAUGAAACUUUUGUGGUAUUGCUUGCGAUCAUGGAUUUCUCUGGCGGGGAGGCAUUCCGAAACAGGCGUUUCGAACUGCAGGUGUCGCCUCGCUUUUUUGAAGGGUGUCAGUCAUAGUUUCGCUAUUUCGAGGUCUCCGUAUCUCUUUCGGUUGUUGUUAAAGAUUAGCGGCGUUUCAUUUGUGGAGCUGCUGAACAGCGGGCCGGCGGGCGUGUCGGGGAUGCGAUGCAAUCGAUGAUAUUCUUGAUUUGGGUGCAGUCGGUGAACCGAGCUUCUUUAUCAAGUCACGCCAUUUCUGGUUCGCACAUGAUACACUUCGAGCAUUCUCCACUAGAAGUCUCUACCCUGGU